UUUAAGAAAACUAUAAGCCUUUGUAGAGCUAUCAAAGGACGUACAUUUUUAGAAAUUUAUAAAAUAUUGUUUUUUUAUAAUAACUGUGAGCUAAACAAGAAAUUAAAAUGGACGACGAUUUACCGACCGAUUUCCAAGUCAUUGUCGUAGGGACAGGUAUGGUGGAGUCAAUUGUAGCAGCAGCAUGCAGUAGGAUUGGUAAAAAUGUCCUUCAUUUAGACUCAAGUGAUCAUUAUGGAGGUCUCUGGGCUUCAUACAAUUUUGAUGGUCUACAAAAAUUUAUUAAAGAAGUUUCUGAGGAUCCGAAGAGGCAAGAGCAAGUUUAUAAUCUCAGUGAGAAAUGGUACAUAGAAAAAGAUGUGUCAGAGGAAGCAGAAGAGAACAAGACUGAUGCAGACCCGGCAAAGAAAAUUUGGAGUCAAACUAAAUUUGCUGCUGAAUAUAGGAAAUUUAAUAUUGAUAUGACACCAAAGUUGUUAUUUUCCCGAGGGCCUCUCGUAGAAUUAUUGAUAUCCUCAAACAUCGCCCGCUAUGCUGAAUUUCGAUGUGUUACACGCGUUCUUACGUGGUUGGACGAUCGCCUGAUGCCGGUGCCUUGCUCUCGAGCCGAUGUCUUCGCCACUGACUCUGUCAGCAUCCUUGAGAAGCGGCAGCUCAUGAAAAUGCUGACGGCCAUCGUUGGUAACACUGAGGAGGAGAUGGAACAAGAGUUUAAAGAUUGGAAUGAUAAACCAUUCAAGGAUUACCUCACUCACAAAGGACUAACACCUAACCUGAUCCACUAUGUGCUGUUCGCGAUCGCUGGUGGCACUGAUAAGAUGAAUUGCCGUGACGGAGUUAAGGAAUCCAAGAAGUUUUUAAUGAGCCUCGGUCGCUAUGGCAACACACCUUUCCUCUGGCCUAUGUACGGAAGCGGGGAGCUGCCUCAGUGCUUCUGCAGAUUAUGCGCAGUAUUCGGAGGCGUAUACUGCCUAAACCGCCCAAUAGACAAAGUCGAACACAAAGUGGUCGACGAGGGCAAAUCUAUAGUGGUCAUUGAAAGUAAAUCUAAGACGUUGAAUUGUGACCACCUCGUCAUAGGGAUUAACGAAUGUCCCAAAGAGAUGAUCUCCCCUGAACCGACAGAAAGUACUGACAUUUCUAAAGCCGUGUUCGUCACAAAUGCUUCGAUUAUGCCGAGUGAGAAGGAGCCCCUGACGUUGUUACGGUUCCCGUCGCUAGAUGGCACUGAUCACGCUGUUACGGUGUUAGAAGUCGGACCUGCUACGGGAUCUUGUCCUAAGGGAUUGUUCGUGGUAUACCUGAUCACCAGCAAAGUGACGGACGCAGAGAAUGACCUGAUGCCCUACGCGCAAAGGAUUUUCGAUAUGAAUGCUGACCAAAGCGAAACCACUGAAAAACCUAAGUGUCUGUGGUCGGUAUUCUACAACGUGCGAGACACGAGCGCGCCCGUCGCAAGUCUGGUUGACAACGUACACGUUUGCUCCGGACCUGACUCGGGACUCGACUUUGAUAGGGCCGUUGAACAGGCUGAACAAAUCUUCAAGAAGAUCUGCCCUGGCGAAGAGUUCUUGCCACGUGCCCCCGAUCCCGAGGAAAUUGUGUUUGAAGACGAUGCGGCACCCGGACCCGACUUCGAAAGGACCCUGGAGGAUGAAGAGGAACAGAAGCCAGAGGAGUAACAUCUUACUCAUUUCGCACAUUUUCGCGUGUGAACCACUGCUUCCAGAUCACAAAAUAGCUGCUGUAGUAUAUACAGUAGAUUUGUCAUAAUUUUCUUGAUUUGAUGGAAGAAUGUUUUUACAGAUAUUUUGAGGAAAACAUCUACACGUUUAAAACAAUUACCGUGUUUUAGGGUUUAAAUUUAUAGUAAAUCUACUGUCAUUACAGCACUCUGGAAGCAUUGGCACCAAACUAUGACGUAUCAAGUCUCUUUUCGCCGUUCUAGUUAUUUCAUAGAUUAAAAGAAUUCUAAUUAUGACGUAUGUGUCGUUGAGAAUCGUACGACAAUUUUCAAUUAUCGAAUAUUUAGACCGGUUACAGUAGUUCAGCAUUUUAAAUUUAGAAUAAGCAGCCACUUUUAUCGUUAGAUUGUAGUUUUGAUAUAAUCUGUAGCGCGUUAGCGUUUAGUUUGGCAAAACACGCGGGAAAGUGCAACUUUUAUACCUAGGAUAAUCUAGCAACAUUUAAUACGCUUUGGUCGCUUGACUUGUGCAUUCCGACUGGUGCGUGUGGAAGUGAAGCAAGGAACACUUUUUCAACUGUUUUACGCUCGAAUUGUUUGUUGCGAUAAUACUUUGACAUGUUUUGCAGGCAUACCGUUAUUUUUAUAUGUCGUAUGUAUUUCAGAAAUGUGUUUAAAGUUUUAUUUUAUUGUCGAAUACUGCCUAAACUCUCAUAUUUAUUAACAGAGGCAGAUUUGGUUUAGUAUUCGAAAUUUUGUUUUGAUAUUUUUAAAUUAUGGCUAAGUUGUCUUGAUAAUCGCAAGAUAUACUAUUAGCUACUUAACGAUCGUUGUGUUUUAUUUAUUUUAUAUAUUGUUUUUUAUAUAAGUAGUUAAGUAUGCUCUCUAUGAGGCUCGAUCAGACUGAUUAUAUUUCUCAAUGCUCCAGUGAUUAUUAUCGUAUUUCCGAUUAUUCAAAUGUGUACGUAGGCUUCGAACCUGCUAUUUAUUGGACUGAACCAUGAAACUGUUCCACUGCUAAAUGACGAAGGCCGGUCAGAAUUAUUGACAGUUUAAUUGGUAGAUAGUGAUUGAAAUAGCACAAUCGAGGCCAUUUUAAAGGACUGAUCGAUGUGUGCAAUUAUUAUUAGGAAUGUAAGAAAAGCGGACGCACCAGUCUUAAAACAUAGUUUUUAGCACAUUUAAUAUUUUUUGUACUCUUUAAGUUAUUUAGCACUCAAUAUUGAUUGUAAUAUCAUAUGCAUGGGCGAUUGCUGCUUAAUUAUGCAUAAUUCCAUUAAAAUGUGAUUAUAUUAGAAUA